ACAGACUCACACCAGCCAAUACUCAUCACUCUCCAAUCUCACCCAAGAAAGAGAGAGAGAGCUUAAACCUUGUUUGGAUUGGAAUGGCAUGGCCUUCUCUCUCUUCCUUUCUUCCCUCAAAACCCCUACAAUCUCACUCAUCCUUCUCUCCACUCUCCUCUUCUUCCUCUUCCUCACACCCUCCCCAAACUACCCCUCCACAAACCCAUUAAUCCCCCACAGGUCCCUCCUCAACACCACCACCACCACCACCACCACCACUACUUCCCUCUCCUGCUCCUCCAUCCUCCAAACCCCACCUCACAAUCGCUGCUCUUUCUCUCUCCUCCACUGCACUGGCGACUCUAACAGCCUCAUCAACUACUUCUCUCUCCAUUUCUGCCUCUUCCACCAAAACCCAUUUGCCUCUGUGCCCUUUCUCUUCCUCACUAUCCUCUUCCAGUUCUAUGUCCUCGUCAAGACCGCUCAGGAUCAAUUCUCUGUUGUGGUCACCAAGCUCGUUACCCACCUCAAUUUGUCACCCAGUAUUGGGGCUGUGACUCUUCUUGCACUCGGCAAUGGUGCCCCCGAUGUGUUCGCAUCGGUCGCUGCGGUCCGCGGAGGCCAUCCGAGGACUGGGUUCGGCGCGAUUUUGUCGGCCGGGACGUUUGUUUCGGCAUUGGUUGUUGGGUUUGUGGCGAUUUAUGCAGCACCCUUUUCUGUGGACCCUGUGCCUUUUGUGAGGGACGUGUUGUUUUACUUGACUGCAGCUUUGUUCUUGUUCUAUGUUUAUCUUAGUGCUGAGAUUUUUCUAUGGCAGGCUAUUGGGUUUGUUGGGUUUUAUCUUUUCUUUGUUGGGUUUGUGUUUUGGAUGGAUUUGGGGAUGGAUGGUGGGAAAAGAAAAGGUGGGGUUGAGGUGGGUGGUGGUUUGGUUGGGGAUGUUGAGGUUCGGAAGGAUUUAAUUGCUCUGGAUUAUGAAAAUGAAGAAUUGUUGGGGAAAGUAGAGGAAGGGAAGCCGGGUUUUCAUUUUCGACAAGUUGUUAGGCAGGUAUGUUUUGGGUUACAAUUUUGCAAUUCUGAUAUCUUACAUUGUUUAUGAUCUAGUUGGUGUAUUAUCUCAUCGUAUUAAUAGUGUGGAAGUUGUGAUUGCCCGGUUAAUAUUGCAAUUGGUUUAACUUAGUACAGCUAUCAUGUAUCAAUAAUAUAGUGUGAUUGAAACUUUGAUCUAAUUCUGCAGUCUGAGUCAGGAUCUAAUACUUUAAAUGUUGAUUACUGGACCAGUGGGGACUAUUGGAGAUAGUAUAAAUUUGCUUAACAUGAAAUGACUAAGAAUGUAAUGGAUGCCUUCUUUUCCAAUGU